GUGCGGUUUUGAAGUGUGGACUCCGGGGACCCGGGGUCCGGAACGUGUCUGAAAUAUGAAAAGAGUGCAUCAAAACAACCAAAUUAAUCGCUAAUGAAAACGCAUAAAUAAUCGCUGGCGGCGAAAAAAAAACGAAUGAGUUGUCAACCGCGGUGCGGCCCCUUGGAGAGUUCAAUGCGGAAUGUGAAUGCACCCCUAUCCUCCUCCCCUUCGCCGGGGUGGGGGGAAGGUGGAUUUGUCAAGAAAUAGUGUCAAUGUCCAAUAAUUCAUGCUACUGGUGUUGAAUUCAUAUGAGCAGGUUACGCAGGUUCGCAGGCAAAAAUUUCUUCUAACGUCCACUAAGCAUAGUAGGCGGGGUAUGAUAGGAGACCCAUCGACGCGACGCGACGCGACAGUGCAGUGCAGUCAGUCAGUGCUGGUCCUAGCACCAAAUUUUGAACACACAAUUUACAGAAGAGGAAAAGUGAUAAAUCUUGCGGGGACGGCCAGUUCUGUCAAGACGCGACGAGUAAUCGGUAAAUUAAUCAAAAUUAAUUGCGUGUUGAGUGUGGUGCCUCGGUUAAAUUAGAGGGAAAAGCAUCCUGCCGUUAGAAGUAAAAGUGACAGGAAGAAAGUGAAGAAGGAAGAAAAGUGCGAGGGGAGACUUGUGCGGGUGAGAGGGGAAUUGAAUUAAUGCGAUAGAAUGAUUUGGCAAGAGUAAUUUGGCGGUGUUUUGUAUGCUACCGUUUUUUUUUUGUGCCGGGCGAUUAUCGCUAAUGUGUCUAAUUCAGGGGGAAAGUGAUCAAAUUAAUGAUUCUCGUUUGUUUGACGUGGUUGAAGUACGAUGUUACGGAAUACGAUUAGAUUAGAAAUAAUGCGAAAGAAAGCAAAUACCGAAACGGAAAUAAAUCUCUAAUGUGCACUUUGAAAAAAGGUCAAUGGUUCCACAAUCGCAGCCGGCCAUAAUUUUCGUCAUCGCACUCCACCAACGAGAAAAGUGUCAUCAUUUAACGAUGUCUGCUGCCAUAAAAUUGCAAUACCGUUGUAAUUCCAGCGAAACAAGCAAUACUAGCGGCGAAGGACGGUAAUAAUGCUACUCCCGUUCCGCCGUGGAACCAUCGCAGGAGGCGCGAUAAAAAAAACUGUUGCCAUAGAACAUCGAAACGCGCCCGCCGAGCCGGUGACGGUGGCGAUGGUGGAGCAGGCGAUGGUGGAGCAGGCUACGGCAACGCGACAAUGGACAAAGUUUGAAGAGUGAAUCUCCCGGUCGGUGGUAUAAUGUCUCCCCUGAAGUACAGUAAAACAUGGCCCUCGAUUCUAGCAACCAAGAUGGCCAUGGUGCAGUUACGUGUUGAUUCGCGGGGUCGAACGUACAGCUUCAUCAUCGAACCGACGAAUUCGCAUCAGCAUCGCAUCGGGACCGGUUCAGUGCCGCUAAUGGAAUCUAAUCGUGGCUUCCGGAUGGGCCAUCCGCAGAUUAUCGUUCAGACUCCGAGCGAGACGCAGAUGCCACCGUUGCCGGAUGUGGCCAAUGUGGGCGAGAUCAAGUUACAGAAUAGUGGCGGUGGUAGUGGUAGUGUCGGUUAUGUGUGUCAGUGCAGUGCAGCCGGUGACGGGCUGGGUGUUGUUAGGGGGGAGGAAGGGUCGCGUACCAGAAGGCACUUUCGAUCGGAAUCGAUCAAGAUCGAUAAUUGGGAUUACAUUUACACCGAGAAGCUCAAGGCGACGGAGGACUGUGGAGGAUUCGUAACAUCCGAGCUGCCGUGUGGUGGUGAUCAUCGAUGCAUUUCCGGCCAGGCUGCCCUCAAAGUGUCCACCCUCAGGAGACACUACUAUCCGGAGGGCGACUGGGGCUGGGUAAUUAUACUGGUCGGAAUGGUGAGCAUCGUGCUGAACCACGGUGUCCAAAUUUCCGGUCCCCUGUAUCUGCUGCCGGCGGGGGUACGGUUCAAGCAGAGCGUCGUCAACAGUGCAGGUUGGCUCGGCGCUCUUUCGACGGCGGUGGCCCUUUUCAUCUCACCCCUCACGAUAGCGGUGUGCAAACGGAAGUCCACCCGGCUGACGGCGGUCAUUGGCGGACUGGUGACGGCACUGGGCUGUCUUUUCACCUCGUUUGCCUCACAGUUCCAUCAGUUGUUUUUCAGCUACGGAAUCGUAGUCGGCGUUGGCGUGGGAAUGACACGAGACUGUUCGACGCUGAUGGUGGCCCAGUACUUCAAACGACGGCGAGAGUUUGUCGAAAUUUUCAUCGUGUCCGGCAGUGGUCUCGGUAUAGCGAUCAUGUCAACGUUCAUCAAGUGUGCCAUCGAUGCGAUCGGAUGGCGGCUAGGGUUGCAAGCCGUAACCGGAACGGUGUUCGUAACAUUCAUUCUGGGGACGUGCUACCGGAGUGCGUCUCUGUACCAUCCGCAGCGAAGAGCGAUCCUGCAUCUGAAGAAUCAGAAACGAAAAAUUAAAGACAAGAACAAACACGACGAUCGGCCGCCGUUUUUCGACUUCAGCACACUGCGCAGCAAAACCGUGCAGAUACUGCUCGCUUCGACCGGUCUUAGCGCCUUCGGAAUCAACACUCCAAUUUUCUACCUCGCCCAUCAAGUGGAAAUGGAUGGAAUCGGCGAUAAGGUGAUGAUCCUGCAGGUUUAUCUCGGCCUAGCAUGGACGCUGGGCUGCGCUGCCUUUGGGAUGCUAGUCGUUCGCAAUAGUGUCGAGUGUCGAAUCGCCCGACAAUAUCUGUGCCAAACUGCGACCCUGAUGUGUGGGUUGUGUAUUCUUGCGUUGACUGCCGUGCACGGAAACUACCACGGGUACGUGAUGUUUGUCUGGAUCUAUGGUAUCUUCUGCGGGGGCUAUCACUAUUCGCUGAAGAUGUACACGUACGAGAAGGUUAGGGCGAGGAACUUUGCCCGAGCGUGGGGUUUCGUCCAGUUUUCGCAGGCAAUUCCGAUCGCGCUUGGUGUUCCGAUAUCCGGCUACAUGAAUGAGGCGGGUUCGGGUAAUGCUGGGUACUACUUCAGUUCGGCCUGUGCCUUGAUCGGUAGCCUGGUGAUGUUCCUGAUUGAUCUGCAUCGACGGAAUGUGUCCAGACAUAAGCACACUAGGGCCAACGGAACUCGUCACCUGUGUGUCUCGGAAACCUGUCCACAACGCAGAAAACUGUCAUUCUCCCAAGAACCGGACAACGAGCCAGGAAUCAUCACUGGCAACACUGCAAUGAUGAUCGGCCCGGAGUUACUGAUACCGCAGUUAAGCGAUGGAGCUGCUGAACCAAUAAAUGGUUUGGACAAACCCGAACUGACCUGCAUAUCCGAGGAAGGAAUCGCUGAUAUGGAUCUACCCGAUAAUCUACUGGAUGACCUUGACUACGUCGGUGAUUGUAUCACGUCCUGUAAUAAGGUCGAAAACUACCUAAUGUUGAGCGAGUUCGAAAACAAUCUAAGUGCCGAAGUUCCUAUACUACUGGACAAACGUGGCCGCCGGCUGUCGCUGUCCAAAACCAAAGCUUUGCUCGCAAAUCAGCUAAACAUUCAGCACUACCCGGACUGUGCGCUGGAGCAAUUCAAUCGAUCCAAUCAACCCCCACCGAUUUCACCGAUCAUGGAACACGAGAAAGAAGUGAAGGAACAACAGCACACCCCAAACAGUCGGAGUAACCAUCACAAUCAUCACCAUGACAACCACCACCAUCACCAUCAGCGCCACAAUCACCAGAAUCCACCGGUUGAGGGUGGCGGUGGUGGUGGUGUAGCAGCGGAUGGUAGCGGGAAGACACCACCUAAAACUGAGAACCUCAACAAUGGCGGUAAACCUUGCCGAUUGAACCAGAAAUGGCGGCCGACGCAGCCGUCCGGUGGGACGUUCCUUCACAAUCGUGUGAUAUCUGUGAUCGACGAAGCCUCCGUGUAGGGGUCAGUUCGGGAAUAGCUGUUCGGUACUUGUUCCCCAAAAUAGAUAUUUGUUGUUUUUGUUUUUAAUUUGCAAGUUAGAAGAUUUUUUUCUGGGACUGAAUAGGUUUAAAUCGUACCUGAUGUGAUUGAAUAUAGGACAAAAAGCAUUUUCUAACACAGUUGACAAAAAAAAGAAAUUGAAGUGCGCUCAUUGUCGGUUGGAAAAAUAGAACAAAGAUGAACAUUAGAAAAUAAAUAACAAAAAAAAUACAUCUUUCCUAAUCCAUGUAUUUCACAAGAAUCUCGACACAUUUUAAGCAUUAGCUUGAGUCGAAGAGAGCGGUAGUUUCAACUCAGCUUGCACAAGUAUCAAACGUAAACGACCACUGCCAUCUGAUCUGAAGUCAGAGUAUAAUGAGACAUGCAAAUUAUAUCUGCAACAGCCUCGUGUCAUAACGCUGUCUACACAAAAUAGCUUUGUAAAUAGAUAUUCUAUAUCAUGCUGCAGUAUGAAGAAAGUCAAACUAGCAUCUACAUAUAUAGUCCUUUUUGCUAUUAAACCUUGCUUGCUAAGAAGCAUUUUGGUAGUGUUUUUGAAGUGCAACAAAACAGCCACUGUAUAUUACUGUACAUGUUAGUGAAUAAAUUAAUAACAGUAAUACAAUAAAUUCUGAAUGAAAUACAAGAGAUUAACUGCAAAAGUUUGAAUUGGUACAACAACAGUAUAUUUAGAUUGUUCCAUAUAAUAAUGUACUUCAUGAAAUAUUUAUACAUAUUUAUUGCUAUACGAUA